GUAGCUGUGAGCGAGCUCGACAUAAAUUGCAUCGGGUCACCUGGUGCAGGUUGCAGCCUGGAACAGCUUGUACCCCCGAUUGGUCAGGCCCAUCAUGUAUUCGAAUCAUCCUGUACCAAAAUCCUACUGCCAGCGUCAUUCCCCAAUCUCUUUGAGCUCGACGGAGAUAGCGAGGUGAUUUCGUCUGCGGCGGCGCUCCUUCCACGCUGGAGCGAGGCCAAGCGCCCGGCGAGGAAUUGAGCAAAUUCUCCCUCUGCAAAGCUCACGGGCACCGAGUUCUUCGGAGAUCUUGUGCCAAGUUUGAAACGUCUGGCGGAAAUACGCAGCGGCGGGGAGGAGGUAGAGGCAGUCGUUGGGUGUUCAACCAUGGUGCCGGAGAUAGCCACAGCGCUGAAUCAAAAGGCUCGGGCACACAGGCUACCUGCAGAGGCGUCCCCGACAAGUUGCUUGAUGCAGAUAGAUCCGUCAAUGGAGGCGAAAUGGGGGAAACGGCUGUCAUCUCUUGAUGGAAAACGAAGGCACCGGGGUCAUCCAAGUCCUAUGGAUGAUAUUCAACCAGCUGUAAAAAGUGCCUUCACGAAGGCUUCCAAGCAAGGAUCUAGUUAUCCGAUCAGCAGAUCAAAUAAAUAUCUCAGGCAGGAAACACAAACUUUAAAACGAGUGGCAACACUCCUGGAGCCAUUUGAUGAGAGUUUGCCUGACAAAAGUGGAGUAGCAUCAGCUAAAAGUGUUGAAGAAGAAGCUUUUGAUGCUGAAAAUGAUGCGAGCGGGAUUGCCAGGUGCAGAAAGAGUUUUACCAAGCAUGGUGGAUGAUGGUGGUGCAGCAAGAUGCCACUAACAUUGAAUUAGGGAUGAGCUACUGAUUAAUAUAUUGGUAUCCUAUUGAUUAAUUAGUGGGGGUAGAUGUUUUCUACAAUGUUCAUUAAUGAUGAACUUUGCCUCAUCCAAGAGUAUGUUAGAUUUUUUUUUUGGAAAAUCAGAUGUAUCAUGCAAUUUUUUUAAAUGGAAGCAUUGAUGAAACGUCAGCGUAUGCUGUCAUACUAUCUUACCACCGGAAAAUAUAUGAAAUUUAUAUGGGUUGUUAGCAUU